CUCCUCCAGAGAACAUGCCUCUCGCCAAAGGAUCUUCUCCAUCCCUCUCCUGGAAAGGGGAGAAGAGGAAACACCAGAAGCAGCACCUGGUGCAGAUCCCCAACUCCUACCUCGUGGAUGUGAAAUUCCCAGGAUGCUGUAAAAUUACCAGGGUCUUUAGCCGUGUGCAAACAGGAGUUUUGUGUGUUGGUUGCUGCACUGUCAUGUGCCAGCCUACAGGAGUGAAAGUCAGGCUUAUAGAAGGAUGUUCCUUCAGAAGGAAGCAGCACUAA